GGCGCGCUGGUCACACUGGCACUUUUCCUCGGUGAUGCUCAUGUCCUUUGGGGGGUGGUUUUAGUGCCAGUGUGGACACACCCUGAGUCUGCCGGGGACAGGGCCUAGUUCUGAUCCUGCUGCCGGGGCUCCUCCUCCCACGCUGCCCCCGCUCCCCGACUCUCUCUGCCCGGAUUGGCUUGGGGCUGGCAGCUGCGGGCGCAGAGCUGAGCAGAGACAGACAAAGGGAGAAGUUGGCAGAGGGGUGUGGGCUGCGGAGGAAGUGAAAGCGCAUUGGGAUCCUGGGCCCCUCGUCCCACUGCCCUGACGCCCACCAGAGCCCGGAUCUCCCUUUUCCUGCCAGGAUGCUGCCCCCUCUGCUGCUCCUCCCCUGGGCAUGGGGGGCCCUGGCCGCUUCCCCUCCUGUCCCGCUAGCGUCUGUCAGCCUCCGGGUGCUCCACAUCGAAGUCUUCCACAAUGCCAGCUCCACGGACAUGGCGGGGAGGGCCCUGCUGGGCGACCUGGAGACCAACUCCCUGGCCUGCAGCACCUGCAAGAUCCGCUUCCUGCAGCCCUGGGUCGAGCGGAGCCUGACCCCGAAGGAGUGGCAGGACCUGGAGCUGCUGAUCCAUCGCUCCCUGUUCAGUUUCAACCGGACUGUGCACAGGAUAGUUCAGCAGCAGGGAAUGGGCUAUCCCUUUGUUACCCAGGGCUCCCUCGGCUGCGAGCUCCAUCCCAACGGCACCUCGAGGGGAUUCUAUGAUGGCGGAUUGAACGGCGAGAAAUUCAUCAGCUUCGACAUGGAGGCAGGCAAAUGGGUCGCUCGCCGGCAGGACAAACUGACGAUCUAUAUCCUGGACCUUCUCAACCUGGAUAAGGUUGCAACCAUCGCGCUUCAGUUUCUCCUGAGAAUAACGUGUGUCAAUACGCUCAAGAGCUCUGUCCAGCAUGGGAAAGAGUCUCUGGCGAGGCAAGAGAAGCCGGUCGCCGUGGUGUUUGCCCGAGCACCUCCCACAGCCGGGACCCCCGCGCCGGUACUGCUGGUUUGCCGGGUCACCGGUUUCUACCCCCGGCCCGUCCGCGUGGCCUGGCUGCAGGACGGGGAGGAGGUGGCACCGGGCGGGCGGCUGAACUCCAGCGGGAUCCUGCCCAACGCGGACCUGACCUACCAGCUGCGCAGCUCCCUGGCCGUGGAGCCGGGCGCCGGGCACAGCUACGCCUGCCGGGUGCAGCACAGCAGCCUGGGGGGCCAGAGCCUGCUGAUCCCCUGGGGGGCUGUCAGGACGUUAGACCAGGGGAGCCCAGGCCCUGAGGGGGCAGCGCCGGCCCGGACAUGGGGAUCGGCCCCUCCCUGGGGACAUGGACCUUGGGGCUGGAUCAAAGUGCUGUGGGAUCGGGGCCCGGGGUGUGGGGUGGGACUCUCCUCCCUCUGGGACGUUCAGGGGGCGUUGGACACUUGGGGCGCUGUGGGAUUGCUGGGAUCCAGGUCUCGUUACAGAGCUUCCAAUCUGCUGUGUGGGGGCAUCGCACUGGUGGGAGGGGGUGUGACAUUAUCAGUAUAAAAUAAUAUCCCAGUGAAAGGUGACAGGGCCAGAAAGCGUUAAUUAACUCACAGACUGACCUGACCCAUGGCUGAACCUUGAGAACUGGUUAGGAAGAUCUGCAAAUGAACAGAGCUUUGAAAUGCAGCCGGCAUUGCUAGAGGUAGAAGGGGAGAUGUUUGCUCAGGUCUUGGGAUGUCAGCAAACAAGUCUUGUCUAUUGCUAGAGCGUCAAUUCAAAGAUCAAAACAGGAAUAUUAACAUUUAAGAUGAUACUUGAGUGAAAUAGUGUUAUUGUCUGUGUCUCUUUGAAGGUUGUGAUAACCUGUGUCUAAACUGUUUCAUGGAUAAAUUACCCUGUGCUAAUUGCCAGGACGUUUGGGAGAAGGA